AUGGCAUCGCUCACGGGAUUCAUCACCGCAAUCAUAAUCACUGUCUCACUCGCCGGUAGCUCUACCGGCAGGGACCUCCGUCCAUCCGAUCACGGACUCGACUACCAGUCCUCACCGCCGGUCAAUUCUCCCCCGGAUAUGAAAUCCUUCUUCAACAGCAACAACUCUUCUUCUUCCUAUGCAUCUCCAUGGAAUCUCACAGAUUCCGUGCCUCCGGCGUUACCGAGAACCACCGGCAACGGCAGAGGACGGUUGAGAAAAGCGUUAGUAAUGGCAAGCUUGGUGUGUGGAAUAACAGGUGUCAUUUUAUUAGUGGUUUCCGUUUUGCUUUUUCGGUUUUGGCACCAAAGAAGAAACUCAGAGCAAAACGAUUCGUUUCGUCUUGAUGAUGAUAAUUUUAAUUUUAAUAUUAAUAAUAAUGAUAAUGCUAACAAACAUGAGGUGGUGCGGAGUUCGUGA